AAGUCCUGCAACAUACGAUGGCAGUGCUGUUACACCUCGCUCGAUUACCCCGUCUCCAAUGCCUGGAAAUACACUCACGGUACCAGGUGCGGCACACCAGGGCCCACGAAAACAGAUUGUGCAGUUGACAGCUUCUGCUACCGGUUCGACCUAUUCAUUCCGUCAUUCUACUAUUUUUCCGGCUGGAGAUGCCCGAAACGGCGAUCUCGAUGCGAUGACCGAGAUCAGAAGCGACAUGAUGGUCAACUCGCUUUUCGAGCAAAUGUGCCGAAAACAGUACAGCACGGGCUUUGAUCCAUACGAAGGCGUCGUGUUGAAGAAGUCUCGGGGUAACUUCACCUGCUGCCCACCGCAAAUGGCGGCUAUCCCCGAUUCACUCUACGCCAUGAUCACACAGAUGAAUGUCCGAUGUGCCAUGACAAUCAACACACACGUCGUUCGCACAAUCCUGAACGGCAUUAGCAGGAGGAGUGAUAUCAACUUUGUACCGUUGCCCGACGGGUUGCGCGUUCAGAUUCUGCGCACCAUGUCGGAUCUACCCAAGGGCCAACUCCAUCAGUUUGCUGCUUUCAUCGAGGACGCCAAAAUCCUGGUAGUGUGGGCCGACGAGCCCGAGAAGAUUCUCUCUUGGGCCGAAAACCUCGAGAAGAAGCUCAUCGAGUCCAUUUGGGGCACCAACAACGACGCAGAUGAUGACGAUGCUGAUGAGAAAGGAAAUGCAACAACACAGAUUGAAGAAGUCGACGGAAAUUCGUUGGAGCAGGCGAAGGAGCACCGCCCGGUCAGAUUGGAAAGUGCUUGCAUCGUAGCUCUGACCAUGGCGCUGUGUGUUGCUUGUCUCGGUCUCGGAUGGAGGGCGCUUGCGUACGAAGCGUCAGUGGACAAAAGCUAUAUCCGAUUCGCCUUGUUGGCGGUCUCGCCUAUUCAGUUCUUUGUGAGCUUGUUCUUCUUUCAAACCCUCGCUGGCAAUCUGUUCCAAAUCUUUGGCCCCAUCAGCUCUGUCGAGAAUAACAGCAAAUACUACAGCGGGAAGCCACCCCAAAGGCUUGACCGUCACCAACACACGCUGCCCCAUGUCACCUUCCAGAUGCCCGUAUACAAAGAAGGCCUCGCGGCUGUCAUCAAGCCCACGGUAGUCUCCGUCAAACAAGCCAUCAGCACCUACGAGAUGCAAGGCGGUACCGCCAACAUCUUUGUCAAUGACGACGGUAUGCAGCUCGUCAGCGAGGAAGAAGCCCGAGCACGCCGUGACUUCUACGACGAACACAACAUCGGCUGGGUGGCACGCCCGCCACACAACCCCAAGCCGAAUCUUGAGGCUGGCGAGACCGUGUUCCUUCGUCGUGGCAAGUUCAAGAAGGCCAGCAACAUGAACUAUGCCCUCCACACUAGCAACCGUGUCGAGGAAAAGCUGACCAAGAUCAAUCGUAUCGGUAACUGGACAAACGAUUACGAAACGGCCGCCUAUCAACAGUGCUUGAACGAGGUUCUUCGCGAGGACGAAGGCCGAACUUGGGCUGAAGGCAAUAUUCGUGUUGGCGACUACAUUCUGUUGAUUGACUCGGAUACUCGUGUUCCGUCUGACUGUUUGUUGGAUGCUGUUAGUGAGAUGGAGCAGAGCCCUGAAGUGGCUAUCCUUCAGUUCGCCUCUGGGGUCAUGAACGUUUCCGAUUCAUUCUUUGAGAAAGGUGUCACCUGGUUUACCAACCUGAUCUACACAGCCAUUACCUUCGCUGUCGCCUGCGGUGACGCCUGCCCCUUUGUCGGCCACAACGCCAUGCUCCGCUGGCAAGCCCUCCAAGAUGCCGCCAGCUACGAGGAGGAUGGCUACGAGAAAUACUGGUCCGAGUCACACGUGUCCGAGGACUUCGAUAUGGCUUUGCGUCUCCAGUGCGCUGGCUACUCUCUUCGGUACGCCUCCUACACCGGCGAAGGCUUCAAGGAAGGCGUCAGCUUGACUGUUUACGACGAGCUCGCCCGCUGGGAGAAGUACGCCUACGGAUGUAACGAGCUGUUGUUCCACCCCCUCCGUUUCUGGAUCGUCCGUGGUCCGUUCACUCCGCUGUUCCGCAAGUUCCUCGGCUCCGGUAUUGCUCUGCCCAAGAAGUUGACUAUCUGCGCAUACAUCGGGACGUACUAUGCCAUCGGAGCGGCAUGGGGCUUGUCGCUGAUCAACUAUUUCCUGACUGGUUGGUACGAAGGAUUCUACGAUAAGUACUACCUCGAUUCGUUCGCCAUUUACUGCGCCAUCAUUGUGGUGUUCACCGCUCUUGGCAACUGUGCGCUCGCCAUCCUUCGGUACCGCACGAAUAAGCAGGGUUUCUUUACCGGCUUCAUCGACAACCUGAAAUGGAUCCCCAUGUUCACCAUCUUCCUCGGCGGCCUCUCCAUCCACAUCUCGCAAGCCAUCUUGUGUCACUUCUUCGAGAUCGACAUGGUAUGGGGCGCCACCGCCAAAGAAAUCGAAGAAGUCCAUUUCGGGCAGGAGAUCAUUCGCAUCCUGAAGCGGUUCAAGUUCACAUUCUUGUACUGUUUCUUGAUGACGGGCCUGAUUGUCGCGGGAUGGUUCUUCUUCCCACAUCCGUGGAAGAUCCAGAAGCUGUAUAGUGUUUAUCCGUUGGCGAGCAUGGCGGUUACGCACUUUGCGCUGCCGGUGUUGUUGAAUCCGGCGUUGAUGUUGUUUACUUGGUAAAUAAUGUUAAGCUCUGUGGGUAGGCAAGGGAAGACAUACAUGGUGGUGGUGUCGUCAUUCUACUUGACGGGUUUUUCAGCUGUUCACGGUUGGGUUUCGGGCACUUAGCUGGGAUCAGAGCCUGAGGUUGCGAAAUUUCUCCUUCGGUUCAGUUUGCCCAGCGUUCAAUGGAGGUCAAUAAUGUGAUUCGAAGACAAAAGAAGGAUACGGAAGUAGAUG